CGUGUAGGCAGACAGACAUCACUCUAAACAUCUCGGCGGCCCCGCCGUACCAUAUUCCGGCGAAUGAAUCAAACUACUAAUUCCUUCUCGUAAAACCCUAAUUAAUCAAUUCAUAAAAAAUAAUGUCGUUAUUACUCCGUUACUCUAACAAAUCAUCUCGGAAUCUCCUCCUUCAACCUCUCCUUCUUCAUCAUUAUCUCUCCCUCACACCAUCAUCUCACCCAAGCCCUAAUUCACCAUUACCAAACCCUAAUCCCAAUCUUAAUCACAAUCAAUAUUUCACUCAAAACACAUAUAAUCAUCAUCAUCAAGACAUAUUAUAUAUUCAUAAUUAUUAUAUUAAUGGUAGUUAUAAGUAUAGGUAUUAUGAUAAUUUGAUUAAAUUAGGUCAUAACUGUGGGAUUUCUACUUAUUCUAGUACUUUAAAACAUGAUGAUAAAAAAGAUAGUGACUUGAAUAAUAAUAAUAAUGAGAAAAAUGAUGAUAAAAGUAAUGAGAAAAAGAAGGGUGGUUAUGUUUCGUGGAUCGAUUUAUAUUUGCCGGAAAGGAUACGACCGUAUGCGCAUUUAGCUAGGUUGGAUAAACCUAUUGGGACUUGGUUACUUGCUUGGCCAUGUAUGUGGUCAAUCACAUUAGCAGCAUCCGCUGGACAGCUUCCUGAUCUGAAGAUGAUGACACUAUUUGGCUGUGGAGCCUUUUUGUUAAGGGGUGCGGGAUGUACUAUUAAUGAUUUGCUUGAUCGUGAUAUUGAUACAAAGGUGGAACGGACAAAGUCAAGACCCAUCGCAAGUGGUGCCUUAACACCAUUUCAGGGGGUUUCCUUUCUUGGUUUGCAAUUGCUCUUGGGUCUUGGUAUCCUUCUCCAGCUUAAUCACUUUAGCAUCGUAUUGGGGGCUUCAUCGUUGCUACUUGUCUUUUCAUAUCCCCUUAUGAAAAGGAUUACCUUUUGGCCUCAAGCCUUUCUUGGUUUAACAUUCAAUUGGGGAGCCUUACUCGGAUGGUCUGCUGUUAGAGGAAGCCUCGAUCCUGCAAUUGUGUUGCCCCUAUACCUUUCUGGAGUAUUUUGGACCCUUGUCUAUGAUACAAUAUAUGCCCAUCAGGAUAAAGAAGACGAUGAGAUAGUGGGAGUUAAGUCCACUGCCUUGAGAUUUGGAGAUUCCACAAAGGAGUGGAUCAGUGGAUUUGGAGUUGCUUGCAUUAGUAGUCUAGCACUUAGUGGGUUCAAUGCAAAUCUUGGAUUGCCAUAUUAUGUGUUUUUGGCAGCAGCUUCCGGGCAGUUAGCAUGGCAAAUUUGGACGGUAGACAUUUCUUCCGGACCUGAUUGCAGUAGAAAAUUUGUAUCAAACAAAUGGUUUGGAGCUUUAGUGUUCAGUGGCAUUCUUUUAGGCAGAUUAUCGUCAUAAUGGUGAGUUGAUUCAAGCUUAUCAUGUUGUUGGUUUCUUUUGUGGAUAAGAUGCUUAAAGCUUGCGUACUUCUGGAGGUCUUGGAAUACUUGGCAAGCAACCAUGCAGUGGUGGAACUGAGAAGGAUGGGAGUAAAAUUUUGUAAUAUGCAAUUUCGGAAGAAUAUUAUUAGUUAUAUUUAUGUGUAAAAACACGCACAUGAAUUAAUUCAAGGGAUGUAGUAUUCAAACGACAUGUAUAGUCAAGUUAGUUUGGAAGAACAUAUAGAUGUUGAUAAAACACACACAUGAAUCUAUAUAUUCAAAUUUACAAUUACUUUUUCCUCUGCA